CAUUGUCAGUACUGUACAAAACUAGUAGGGAGUAAUAAAGUUUUAAAAAGCUAUGGAUAAGAGACACAAAUCAGCUCUUCGAAAAGUGCGUACUGACUUUUGUGAUGAUCUUGCUUUGGGUCCGAAGUUUUAUGCUGAACUGAUAAAAGAAAAAAUCUUUAUAGAGGAACAGAUUCAAGAAAUAAAGGCACAACCUACAACUUGUGAUCAAGUACACAAACUGUUGGACCUUCUACCCAAAAGAGGACCAGAGGCAUUUGAAAAGUUUUUAACACUUGUCAGAAAGGAUCAUUCUUGGCUUGCAGAUGCGCUUGAAAAUAAUGUUCAAAAAGUCUCACCUGGAAACCAAAUCAAACAACUCCCUUCAAACAGUCAUGAGAAAUUGAAUGAGCAUAAGCAGACACAAGAGAUGACUAACACUAACCUCACCACUGCUGCUGCUUUCAAUGGAACUCACACAGAUACAAACAAAAAGUUUAAUGAUAGAAGUUCAAGUCCUAUUAAAACAGUUGAACCUAAAAAUAGGAGCGAUAAUGAAGUUCAAACUGAAGAAGGACUAUUUGCUACUGCAGAUGACAAGGCCAUUAAUGAGGGUGACGUAUCAAAAACACCAAGUCAUCCUGCAGAAUCCACAGACAUUGAAUCUUUGAAGAAAGAUGAUGUAAAUAACACACACACUGCCCUACCAUGGAAUAAACAGGUUCAAAUGGAGGCCAUGAAGCAAUUGUAUACAAAAGUUAUUGGCAUAACAUCCCAACAUUCAGAAAAUGAAGAGAGCAAAGAUGUCACAUGGGAACAUAUAAACUGUGGAGUUGACAAAUUGGCAGAAAUGUUGAGAAAUUUUGAUGAUUCUAAAAUACUUUACAAGUGCUAUGAAAUACUUCCCAGUCAAACUUCAAGACAACCAUUGAAUCAAAUAUUGCAAGGGUUAUUAGCAGAGAAAGAGAACCUUCAGAAAGAGGUUGAGAAGGGUUAUAAAGAUGUGUAUGAGGCAUCCAAAGAAAAAAGUAUGCUCAAGAAAAAUCAUCAACAAAAUCUUGUCCAAGUAAAAACAAAUUAUGAAGCAUCAUUAAAUGCUGAGAAAAAAACAUAUCAGGAAAAGAUAGAAGAAAAAAACAAGAAAAUUGGGGAACUAGAAAAGAAAGUGGAGGAACUGCAAGCAGAAAAUGCUAGGCAUUUGAUAUGUAAACAUAGAAAAACUCCAAAAUAUAUUCAAACGCCACAGUCACAAACCCCAAGAAAAAAUGUCCCAAAGCAAAUCAGUUUUACUCAAAGCAAGAUUUCACAAGUUAAGAAAAAGUAAAUUUAUAAACAUGGAUGUCAAACAGUAAAAGGUCAUUAAUGAGUCAAGUCCAAUUUCAGUCUGGUCUUUCUAAAGCUCUUGUCCAAAGGUUGUUAUGUCUAAAUAUGAAGAAAAUCAAUAGAGAUAUGAACAAGAAACAUGGCAAUGCUACAAAACCAGGUUUACAAUUAAAACCAUUGUAGAAAGUUUUGUUGUACUCUGUAACUUUGUAACAGUGACAAUGAACCUACUUUGCUCAAAAGCAAUCCAAAGUGACGCUUUGAAAUACAAAUAAUAUACAAGUUUAAUUAAAAUCUCAUACCUUAAUCUAGUUAUUGACCAGAAACCAAUUUUCUAUUUUUAGAAACAGUGACCAUUUCUUGACACUAAUUAUUGACUGGCAACCGAUUUUCUAUUUUUGGCAACAGUGACCUUGACCCUUGAGGCCCAAAAGCAACUAUCCUUGUGAACAAGGUCUUUACAUAAGCUUGCUUUACCCCAAGUUUAAUUGAAAUAUCUCAAUCCUACCUAUUGACUUGAAACAAAUUUUCUAUAUUUAGUAACUGUGACCUUGACCUUGACUCUAGGGGUCUGAAAUAUUGAUGACAAAUCUCCUGUGAAAGUUUGGUUUAAAUCCCUUAAGAAAUGUAGGAGUCGUGCACGGAAGAAUUGCUUACGCCCUAUCGCCCAUCUGCCCGCUGCUGACAUACUUUAUUCAAUAACCAGUUUUUUUCACUUUUUACACCAGGUUAAAAAUACAACCAAUGAUAAAGCUUAAAGACUGAUUAAUGUUUUAAGUUUACAGGCUUUUACUUAUUUCAUGUUGUGUACAAAAGAGAAUACAGACAACUUUUAGAUGGGUGCUUGGACUGAAUGAGUGAAAACAAAAAUAUCAAAUUAAAAUUGCAACCUAUAAAGUGCAAUUCAAAUUUGACUUAUCUUAAAAACAUACAGGUAGCUUUCAUUUAAGUUUGAAUAUGUUUUAGUUUAAUGUUACAAUUGUAAUUUAACAUUAAGGAACUACAAAAAUGUCAUUGCAGAAGAUUUUAUAAUCAUAAAUUGCUUUGUGUUUUAUAUUGGAGAUAUAUUUUCAUUGUAUGUUCUUGUAGUAUUAUAAAAACUGACUAAAUCCUUUUAAAUUUUCUUAAAAGUCUUGUUAUAC